AUGACAGAGGAAGAGGUAGCGAUGGAAAUGGAAGCUGUAGAAGCAGUUUAUGGCGAAGAAUGUGUGAUAUUGGAUUCAUAUCCUCCUCAUCUUCACCUCCAUAUUAUGCCCCGUACCGCCGAGAUCUCUUCUCAACAGUUUGUGGAAGCGGUUGUGAGUAUACAAGCAGGUUCUAAGUAUCCAGACGAACCGCCUCGAAUUAGCCUGAUUGAAUCCAAGGGUCUUGAUGCGCAAAGGCAGAAGCAUCUGAUGGACAUAGUGCAAGCGAAAGCCUCUCAACUAUCAUCUUCUCUAAUGCUAGUAGAACUUUGUGAGGAAGCAGUUGAGAGGCUCACGAUUAUGAAUCACCCGGAUGGAGAUUGUCCACUGUGUUUGUAUCCGUUAUUCCCUGAGGAUGGCGAGAGUAAACAAAUGCCAUUUAUGAAGCUCAUGUCUUGCUUUCAUUGUUUCCACUGUGAGUGCAUCAUUAGGUGGUGGAAUUGGAUUCAUACUCAGAAAGAAGCUGAUUCAAAAUCUGGUGACACUAAACAUAUGUACAGAGAAACAAGUGAUCAAGAAGGUAAUUCUGGAUCAGUCGAUAAAAGCAUGGGAAACUGUCCAGUGUGCCGCAAAGUUUUUCAUGCUGUUGAUAUUGAACAUGUUCUCGACUUAGUCGGUGCUCAGUCAUCUCAACAGGAUUCUGGUUUGGUACAAGGUGAGGACAAAGACCCUUUGCUCCAGUCAGAUUCAGAGAAGAUCAGAAGAGAGUGGUUUGAGGCUAUUCUAAGGACUCAAGAAGAAAAGGGUGGUCUGGUUCAACCGAAGAAAAACAUAUCGGUUGUGCCCGGUAUGUAUCUUCCUCCACCACCUCCUGCAUCAUCUUCAUCUGGCCAAACUCAAGAACAAGGAGAAGUAGAACCCAAAGAAGCUGAAUCAGAGACAAACUCUAGCAGCUCCACCAACAGGAGAGGCCGAGGUAGAGGCCGAGGCUGGGGACAUAAUGUCAAUAGAAGGAAGCAGAAUUCGCAAGAUCCAAGAAAACCGACGAUGCAAUGGGUCCAGAGAAGUUAG